CAGCUAGCACCGUCGGAUGCCAGCUCAUCAAACCAUCGUUAAUCGAGUCAACCUAGAAUUCAAGUUGGGACCCUUGGUCUUUAUUUAAACAAUCCUUACAGGUCACCUGAAUGAUGGCACCAACAAUCUCAUUCUCAGUUUGUGAUCAAGGCGAUGUUCGUCACACGAUAUGGCCAGCUGCUCAGCGUUGCAUGCGGCCCAGACUAGAUUGCCCCUUGUUGUGCGAUGAGAUUUCUCCAUUAUUUCUCCAUUACGUUUCCAACGACAACCUUGGUACGCUUCGAUUAUAUCCUUAGGCAUAUAUAAAAUCUGUCCGAAACCUAGCCAUGUGCCAGCGUUUUCUUCGUUGCACUUUGCGGAUCCCACUGGCUGCUAAGGCAUGGUGCUCACAAGCUUACUUUUGCUCGCCCUCGGCGCGAUUGUGAGCCAGAUCACUCAGGUCACCGCACUGGGAUCAGCAUGUGGUGUGCCUCUUACUACAGGAAAUGCAGCGUGGGGGGAGCCUUACUGGCUCGAGAACAUCCAGCAUCAGGGUAUGGCACCGUUCGCACCUAAUGCGACGAAUUACAAAGUGUUCCGGAACGUGAAGGAUUAUGGGGCUGUGGGUGAUGGUGUACAUGAUGAUACUUAUGCUAUUAAUGCUGCAAUCUCCACUGGUAGCAGAUGUGGUAACUUGACUUGCGGUUCAUCAACGACUACUCCAGCAGUGGUCUACUUCCCAGCAGGAACCUACCUCGUAUCUACCCCACUUCAGGCAUAUUACUACACAGUCAUGGUGGGCGACGCAAGAACACCUCCGACGUUGCUUGCCAGUGCUAACUUCACGGGAAUGGCUGUAAUUGAUGCUGACCCUUACACUAAUAAUCAGAACUGGUAUAUCAACCAGGAUAACUUCUUCCGGUCAGCGCGCAACUUCGUUAUCGACCUCACACGAAUGCCUGCGAAUGUCUCGGCCACUGGUAUCCACUGGGAAGUCUCACAGGCGACGUCGCUGGUCAACGUGGUGGUCAACAUGUCUACCGAACCUGGAAACAAUCACCAGGGCAUAUAUAUGGAGGAAGGAAGUGGUGGCUUUAUGGGAGAUCUCGUAUUUAACGGUGGAAAGUAUGGUAUCUGGGUUGGAAACCAACAGUUUACCGUGCGUAAUAUUACCGUCAACAAUGCAAACACAGCUGUGUUCGGAUCGUGGAACUGGGGAUGGACCUACCAACGUGUCAUAAUUAAUGACUGUCAAAUCGGCUUUAAUCUGUCGGGUGGCGGUAAUGGCGGAGAGGCCAUCAUUGACGCAGUGGUCACGAACACCCCUAUCUUCAUCAAGACACCAAAUCCGACAAAUGUCUCUGUUGCAGGAUCCCUCGUAUUAAAUAACAUUCAUCUCAACAACGUUUCCACCGCUGUCAUGGAAAAUGGCACUACCAUCCUUGCCGGUGGAACAAUGACCAUCGACUCAUGGGGCAAGGGUAACGUCUAUACAGGAGCGCACCCGAACGGAACGUUCACACAGGGCGAGAUAUAUUCUGCGUAUAAGGACCCGAGCCUUUUGGACCCCAACGGCUUCAUUGUCAGCAAAGGACAUCCUAUGUAUGCUGACUAUUCAGUCGACCAGUUCAAGAGUGUCAGGUCAUUGGGAGCUGUUGGAGAUGGGGUGACAGAUGACACUGAAGCUAUUAAUGCUGUGCUCGCAAAGUACGCUGGAUGCUACAUCAUAUAUUUCGAUGCUGGCAUCUAUAAGGUUACUUCGACUAUACAGGUUCCGGCAGGAACUCGAAUUGUAGGAGAGGCUUGGACCCAGAUUAUGGGCGCUGGUCUUAAUUUCAAUAAUCAAGACGAUCCGAAUGUUGUUGUACAAGUCGGUAUACCGGGCUCGCAGGGCAUUACUGAGAUCACAGAUAUCGUGUUCACGACGCAAGGACCAACCGCAGGUGCCAUCGUCGUGGAGUGGAACGUCCACGAACCCGCUGGUCUCCAAGGAGCUGCAGGAAUGUGGGAUUCGCACAUCCGGCUCGGCGGAGCCAAUGGGACCCACCUCCAAGACGCAGAAUGCCGCGCGGGAACCCUUAGUCCCGAAUGUUUUGGAGCUUUCCUUGGUUUUCACAUAACAUAUGGUGCAUCAGCUUACCUUGAGGGAACAUGGGUUUGGUUGGCAGAUCAUGAUCUCGACGGCUCUGAUCAGCUAACUGUGUUCAGCGGAAGAGGUAUUUUGUCACACUCCCAGGGUCCUGUCUGGAUGAUUGGUACAGCGGAACAUCAUGUGCUCUAUCAGUAUAGUUUAGUCGGAGCAAGGAACCAUUACAUGGGUCUGAUCCAGACCGAGACGCCUUACUUCCAACCUGAUCCUGCACCGCCAGGGCCAUUCGAUAUCUCACAAGUUUACGAUGAUCCGACAUUUGAAAAUGGCAUGACCAUGGCUUGGGGACUCUGGGUGCAUUCAUCCAUAGAUGUCAUCGUGUUCGGUGCUGGUCACUACAGUUUCUUCCAGAACUACUCCGCGACGUGUGAGGGUAACACUACAUGUCAAGCACAAAUGGUCAACGUAGACUGGACCUCUUGCGCCACCAUCUACAGUCUGGCAACCGUGGGGACAACAUACCAAAUCAGCAUAGAAGAGAACGGGAUCAUCUAUUUUGCCAACGACUCGGAAGGCUUUUCGUCCACUGUGACGCUAUGGAGUCCUGCGGGGCCUAUCUACCCAUAGAAUUUAUAUCCUGUAAGAUCUAUAUAUCCCUGAUUUAUUCUUUACGUAAUUGAGCCAAAGGCACGCGCUAACUCGCGUCGACCAACCUGUCAUCCAUCCAUCCUUUGUUUCAACUUCCACACUUGCUGUUUACUCAUACCUACUACCAGACAGUUUGCAAUCUUUGCUUUGAAAAUUUGAUUACUUGGUAAUUCUAGAUGGUGACGCAAUUGUCGUCGAGGUACUUAGGCACCUGAGCUUAUACUAAUGAGUGUAGAUGCCAGUAUGCAAUAUAAGUAUUGAAGUAUUCGAAGCCA